CCAACUUCGAUUCACCAACCAAUUAAGAGCAUAAGUUCCCAUUUCAUUACCUUCCUUCCUCCUCCGGACCUCCUCUCCCUCCUCCAUGGCCGACCAUUUAUGGCUUCUAAUUCUUCUCUUAUCUCUAUGUACUAUCUCAGUCUUGGGCAACGUGUUUGUGAGCAUCGAUUGUGGGGCUUCGGAUUCUUUCACAGAUGAAAAUUCGAUAGUUUGGAAAGGAGAUGGUGACUUAAUAUCAAAUGGUGUUACACACGUUGUGCAAUCAAACUACUCGGUAUCUCAUGUUAUGGACACCUUGAGGGUUUUCACCACCCGUAAAAAGAACUGCUAUUCUAUAGAAGCAGAAGAGGGAGGGAAAGUUUUGGUUCGUGCAAGUUUCAACUAUGGGAACUAUGACCAAAAGUCAAAUCCUCCGAUAUUUGAUCUGCAUUUUGAUGGGAACUUUUGGAUAACUGUAAAUACUUCUCAAGUAAAAAUAUACGAAGCUAUUUAUGUUGUGAAAAGGAAAGCUAUUAGUGUAUGUGUGGCGCAAACGAGGCCCAACAAUUUUCCAUUUAUAUCGGCUCUUGAAGUACGUAGUGUCGACUCACAAGUUAACAGAUACGUCGACACAAAUUACGCGUUGUUCAUGAAUGCAAGGGUUGCUUAUGCUACAAAUGAAACUACAAGGUUUCCAGCAGACUCUUAUGAUCGAAUAUGGCUUCCCUCACCUGGUGGUAAUGGACUACUCAAUAUGAAAUCUGAUGCAUCUGUGAUCAAUAUUGGUGUGCCCAAUAAUCCUCCUCAAGAGGUCCUAAAACAUGCAAUCAUGGUACCAAACACAAGUCAGAUGAUAACCCUAGGAUUACCUACCAUUGAUUACCCCAUUCGUUACCCUCUCUACAUAAAUUGGUAUUUCUCAGAGAUUCAAGAAGUCAAUUCUACAAAUAUACGAUCUUUCAGGGUUUUAGAAAAUGGGUUACCCUUUUCACUCGCGAUUGUACCUCCUUUCGGAAAUGUGACUGUUUAUUUCAUAAGUAAUAUUACAGUCACCCCAGACACUAACUUCUCACUAGACCCUCUCGUUGGUGCCACACUUCCCCCUCUUAUAAAUGCCGCAGAGGUUUACUCGAUUAGUGAUGCCCUAACUAAUGGAACCAACAACAAUGAUGUUGAAGGUUUAGUUUCUCUCCAAAAAGCAUUUGGCGUUUUGCAAGGAUGGGGAGGAGAUCCUUGUCUCCCUGCCCCAUAUUCAUGGGAAUGGAUAAAUUGCAACAAUGACGCCACACCUCGUGUGACAUCAUUGAAUCUUACUGGUUUCAACCUCUCUGGGCCACUUCCAGACUUUAGCAAAAUGGAUGCUCUUGAGAUAAUAGAUUUUCAUAAUAAUAGCUUGACCGGUCCAAUUCCUGAUUUUAUUGGCAACUUGCCAAAUCUCAAGCAGCUGUAUUUGGCAGAUAAUCAGUUUAGUGGAUCCAUCCCAAGAUCACUAUCAACAAAUUCCAAUUUAAAUCUUUCACUUACAGAAAACCCCCUGUUAUGUACGAAUGCUAAGUCAUGCCCUGGGAACAACAAAAAUAAAAAGCAAACCAGCAAAUUACCAGUAAUACUCGGUAUCACUAUUCCGGUAUUCUUCAUUAUUGCAGCUAUCAUUGGCUUUUUGGUCAUAAGGCAUAAUAGACGUAUACAACAUACAGGUGAUAUAAGUCGAAAUAUAAAUGGUCCAAGUAGUACAAGAGGAACUAUGCCCAAUGGUAACGUUGAUGACGAAGGUGCCAAUGAGUUAAGGGGAAACAAGGAAGAACGGUUUUAUGCUUCACCUUCGCCAUUACUCGCUGAAGGUUAAUGUAAUAGUUGAGUAAUGUGAACCACAAUGAGACUAAUCGAUAUCUUAAAAACCAUUCUUUGUAAAAAGAUUGUUUUAUUUUUUUGGAAUAAGUUUAUAUAACAACGUUGUGUGUUAGUGUAUGUU